AUGCCCGAAAUAAAAGUGACCCCGCUGGGAGCUGGGCAGGACGUGGGCCGCAGCUGCAUCCUCGUGUCUAUUGCCGGGAAGAACGUGAUGCUGGACUGUGGGAUGCACAUGGGCUACAACGAUGACAGGCGCUUCCCUGACUUCUCCUACAUCACUCAGAACGGGAGGCUGACAGACUUCCUAGACUGCGUGAUCAUCAGCCACUUCCACCUGGACCACUGUGGAGCUUUACCCUACUUCAGUGAGAUGGUGGGUUAUGAUGGACCCAUUUACAUGACGCAUCCUACCAAGGCCAUCUGCCCCAUCCUCCUGGAGGACUAUAGGAAAAUAACUGUAGACAAGAAAGGGGAAACCAACUUCUUCACUUCCCAAAUGAUUAAAGACUGCAUGAAAAAGGUGGUUGCUGUGCAUCUGCACCAGACAGUGCAGGUGGAUGAGGAGCUGGAGAUCAAGGCCUACUACGCAGGCCACGUGCUGGGAGCAGCCAUGUUCCAGAUCAAGGUUGGGUGCGAGUCAGUCGUGUACACUGGUGAUUACAACAUGACUCCAGACAGACAUUUAGGUGCUGCCUGGAUCGAUAAGUGUCGCCCGGAUUUGCUGAUCACUGAAUCCACCUAUGCCACAACCAUCAGGGACUCCAAACGCUGCAGAGAGAGAGACUUCCUGAAGAAGGUUCAUGAGACUGUGGAAAGAGGAGGGAAGGUUCUCAUCCCAGUUUUUGCCCUUGGACGUGCCCAGGAACUUUGCAUUUUAUUGGAGACCUUCUGGGAAAGAAUGAACCUGAAGGCUCCCAUUUACUUCUCCACGGGCCUGACGGAGAAGGCCAAUCACUACUACAAGCUCUUCAUCACUUGGACCAACCAGAAGAUUCGGAAAACCUUUGUGCAGAGGAACAUGUUUGAAUUCAAACACAUCAAAGCCUUUGAUCGGGCCUUUGCAGACAACCCAGGGCCGAUGGUGGUGUUUGCAACCCCGGGUAUGCUUCAUGCAGGACAGUCCCUUCAAAUCUUCAGGAAAUGGGCUGGGAAUGAGAAGAACAUG